GCAGCGGCGUCGGUGGCGGUGGCGUCGGGAGCGAGCGGGCCCGGGAGCGGCGCGGGUAGAGGAGGAGGAUCCCGGGGCUCGAUUCUGUAACCAUGGCACAGGUGGAGAAACGGGGAGGUUUGCUCCGGAAGUCUUUGGCCUCAAAAAAACCACUGAAGGAAAAAGUGGUGCUGAUGUAUGAUGAGAUCUUCAUGACAGAGGAUCCCAGUAAAUGCAGUCCUCGGUUUUGGGAGGAACUCUUUCUCAUGAAGGUUAACUUAGAGUACUUAGAAGGCAAGUUGGAAUCUCUCGAUGGUGAGGAGUUAAUGAAGAUCAAGGACAAUAUAAAUUCUUUAUUUCAACAUUGCAUCCAGGCUCUGGGAGAGGAGCAUCCAAUUCGAGUUGUCAAUGCAUUGCAGACUUUGUGUGCCCUCAUUCGAGGAGUCCAUCAGAAGAAUAAGUCGACUUCUGGGUUUGACAUCAUCAACAUGCUGAUGGGCUUUGAUAAGGCGGAGCUGUGCAUGAAGAACUUGAUGGAGAGUUUGGAUUCAUUGCUCUGUGCAGAAGGUUCUGAAAGUCUGAAGAGUUUAUGUCUGAAACUUCUCCUUUGCUUGGUGACCGUGACAGAUAACAUCAGUCAGAACACGAUCCUGGAGUAUGUAAUGAUCAACAGCAUAUUUGAAGCAAUUUUACAAAUCCUCUCCCACCCCCCAAGUCGGAGGGAGCACGGGUAUGAUGCUGUUGUCCUCUUGGCUUUGCUGGUGAACUACAGAAAAUAUGAGUCUGUGAACCCCUACAUUGUGAAGCUGUCGAUUGUGGAUGAUGAGGCCACGCUCAAUGGAAUGGGACUUGUGAUUGCUCAGGCUUUAUCUGAAUACAACAGGCAAUAUAAAGACAAGGAAGAAGAACACCAGAGUGGCUUUUUCUCUGCUUUAACAAACAUGGUGGGCAGCAUGUUCAUAGCAGAUGCCCACGAGAAAAUCUCUGUACAAACCAAUGAGGCCAUUCUUCUGGCACUUUAUGAAGCCGUUCAUUUAAAUCGCAACUUCAUCACAGUGUUAGCCCAGAGUCACCCAGAAAUAGGCUUGGUGACGACCCCUGUGAGUCCCACUCCAACAACCCCAGUCACACCGCUUGGGACCACACCACCCUCCUCUGACGUUAUAAGUUCUGUGGAACUCCCACUGGAUGCAGAUGUACAGACCAGUAAUCUACUGAUAACCUUCUUAAAGUACAGCUCAAUUGUCAUGCAGGACACCAAAGAUGAGCACCGGCUUCACAGCGGCAAACUCUGUCUGAUUAUCCUCACAUGUAUUGCUGAGGAUCAGUAUGCCAAUGCAUUUUUACAUGAUGACAACAUGAAUUUUCGAGUAAACUUACAUAGAAUGCCGAUGAGACACAGGAAGAAGGCAGCAGACAAGAAUCUUCCCUGCCGACCUUUAGUGUGUGCAGUACUGGACUUGAUGGUAGAGUUUAUUGUAACACACAUGAUGAAGGAGUUUCCUAUGGAUCUCUAUGUACGCUGCAUUCAGGUGGUACAGAAACUGCUUUGCUACCAGAAGAAGUGUAGAGUGCGCCUGCAUUACACCUGGCGGGAACUCUGGUCAGCUUUGAUCAAUUUACUGAAGUUCCUUAUGUCAAACGAGACCGUACUUUUGGCCAAACACAACAUUUUUACAUUAGCCCUUAUGAUUGUGAACCUAUUUAAUAUGUUUAUCACCUACGGCGACACAUUCUUACCUACCCCCAGCAGCUAUGAUGAACUCUACUAUGAGAUUAUCCGAAUGCACCAGAGCUUUGACAACCUUUACUCCAUGGUCCUGAGGCUUUCCACCAACGCAGGCCAAUGGAAAGAAGCAGCUAGCAAAGUGACCCACGCACUGGUUAACAUCAGAGCCAUCAUCAACCACUUUAACCCCAAAAUUGAGUCCUACGCCGCUGUGAAUCAUAUAUCCCAACUCUCAGAAGAACAGGUGUUAGAGGUGGUACGAGCCAACUACGACACACUCACACUGAAGCUGCAAGAUGGCCUGGACCAGUAUGAGCGUUACUCAGAGCAGCACAAGGAGGCCGCCUUCUUCAAGGAGCUGGUUCGAUCCAUCAGCACCAACGUGCGGAGAAACCUGGCCUUCCACACGCUCAGCCAGGAGGCCCUGCUCAAGGAGUUCUCCACCAUUUCCUGAGGCUACGCCCACCUGAGCAGCCACUGACUGCCCUUACCCACUAGGCUCCUGGGAUGGAGGGGGGGAAGUGAGGGGAGAGAAGGCUCCCCUCAAGAUUGGAGCAAAGCACAGACCUUGAGUUCUCUCUGGGAAGGCCACACAUACAGUAGAGCUCGGACAGCGGGGCAGGUGGGGCAAGCCAGGGACCAUCAGAUGGGGGAGGGUGGGUGGGCGCAGAGAGGCCUCCAAGAAUGUGGGCACACCAGGGUGUGUACCUGGACACAGGCUCACUGCUCCGAUUGCCAUGACAACGUCUGGCCACUCAUGCCUUUUCAGGAGCUGGUGGGGCAACCCCAGUGCCCCCAGCCCCAUCAAAGGCAGUGGCUUCCCUACUUUGGAAACCAGAUCAUCUCCCAGAGGAAAGGGGAGCCACGUCCAUCCAGCUUCCUUGGAGCCUGAUGAGCUGGGUUUGAAAUCGGUGUCCCCUGUCCCGGCUAGCCCUCUGGCCAGCUCUGGCUCAGGAUCAGUAGGAAGGGGCCCCUUUUUUGUGUUUCUAAAUCCAGAGCUGAUUUCUCUGGGAUACUGGAGUGUCUGGCCACCAGGUUCCCCAUGUGCAGGCCCCCUCUUCAUAUUGGGGUUACAACCUGAGCUCUCACUUGUCAUCUGUUUUAAACCGGAUGGGGAGUCUGAAUAAACACGGACAGGUUUUCUGGACCACUCA